AUGGCCGACGAAAAGCAACCGGCCGUCGCCCCGGCCCCCGAUGCGCCUCGCGAAGUCACCAGCAAAGAUGGCUCCUCCCACGAAGAAAUCACCACUCCCACUCGUCCUCCCGGCUGGAUGUACAAGGGCUUCAAGGUCUUUGGCCACGAGCUCUGGUACGCCUCGCCUCUUUUCCAGCUGCUCUUGGUCUCGCUGGUCUGCUUCAUGUGUCCGGGCAUGUACAACGCCCUCAGCGGUCUCGGCGGUGGUGGACAAGUUGAUCACAAGGCUCAGGACGAUGCCAGUACCGCUCUAUACAGCACCUUCGCCGUCGUCGCCUUCUUCUCCGGUUCCAUCGCCAACAAGCUCGGUGUUCGCUUGACCCUUUCCUUCGGCGGUCUGGGAUACGUCAUCUACAUCGCUUCCUUCCUCAGCUACAACCACAACCAAAACCACGGCUUCGUCGUCUUCGCCGGCGCUCUGCUCGGUGUCUGCGCCGGUCUCCUCUGGACCGCCCAGGGCACCAUCAUGAUGUCCUACCCCACCGAGGACAUGAAGGGCCGUUACAUCUCCUGGUUCUGGAUCAUCUUCAACCUCGGCGCCGUCAUCGGCUCCCUGAUUCCCCUGGGUCAAAAUAUCAACAAGGUCGCCGGCCCCGUAACCGACGGCACCUACGUCGGCUUCCUGGUGCUCACCCUCAUCGGCGCCGUCCUAGCCCUGUGUCUCUGCGACGUUGGCAAGGUCCAGCGCGAAGACGGUUCCAAGGUCAUCAUGAUGAAGAACCCCUCCUGGAUCACCGAGUUCAAGGGCCUCUUCGAGACCAUCACCUCGGCCCCCUGGGUCGUCUUGCUCUUCCCCAUGUUCUUCGCCUCCAACACUUUCUACACCUACCAGUCCAACGACAUGAACGGCUCACAAUUCAACACGCGCACCAGGGCGCUCAACAACACUCUGUACUGGCUCGCGCAGAUCUUCGGUGCCGUCAUUGUCGGCUAUGCUUUGGAUUUCGCCGGGGCGCGCAGGUCGGUUCGCGCCAAGGGCAGCUUCAUUGCGCUGAUCAUCUUGACCUUUGCUAUCUGGGGCGGCGGGUACGCGUGGCAGAAGGAUCAGGUGACGCGCGAGGAGACGGCUGAAGAAGGAUUUGUGACGGUCGAUUGGAGCGAUGGUGGAAAGAAGUAUGUCGGACCCAUGUUUCUGUACAUGUUUUAUGGGUUUUAUGAUGCUGCGUGGCAGACUUGCAUUUACUGGUACAUGGGCGCUCUCUCCAACUCUGGCCGUAAAGCCGCCAACCUCGCUGGUUUCUACAAGGGCAUUCAGUCCGCUGGUGCCGCUGUUUUCUGGCGUUUGGACGGCUUGAAGAAGCCUUUUGAUACCAUGUUUGGUGCCACCUGGGGUCUCCUAGGCGGUGCCCUCCUCAUCGCCGCGCCCGUCAUCUGGAUGAAGAUCCAGGACACCGUUCCCCUCGAAGAAGAUCUCAAGUUCAGCGACGAGACCGUGGCGGAUGUUGCCGGAGCCCAGGGAGCUGCUGAUCAGGCCGUGACAGCGCAACCAGAGGCAGUGCGUACCUCCAAGGAAGGAGGAGGAGCUAAGGAGGUCGUUUAA